CGUCGUUUUCUUCUGUGGAUGUCGAAGAUGGAUUCUCUACGACGACCACCACCCAAAACCCUAGCUCCGUUCCAACUCGUCCUGGCGUCAACAAGAGCCACGCCGAUUCAAUCUCCACCGGCUGCUCCUUCGAACGAGGACUCGAGAAAGCUCUUGCCUUUGCUUACUUUUUUUUUUUUAAUUUGGAUUUAAUUAGGAGAAACCUGCUUCAUUGAAUAAUGGAGAAGAAGUCAGCGAACAUCGUCGAUGGCCUACCAUUCAAGUGGGGUAAAAGAGUGUAGAAGAUAAGGUUGUGAGUACUGUCUUUAUGACUGUGUCUCUGUUGGAGAUGAUAGUAAAGUGGACUCUGGGGUGUUCUUUGUUGGGAAGAUUAUAAAAAUGUGGGAGUAUACUGAUCAGCCUCACGCAGGCUCGCCAAUCUGAAUCUCAGACUAAUAAGGCUUGAAGAAAGUGAGAGCGGAGAUGAUGAGGACGAGAAGCUGUUUUGCUGUUUUUUUUCUCCUCAAACAUUGGCUCAAUGUUCUCUCAGAUUCUUGGCUACAAUGACUGUGAAUUCAAAUUCUGAAAAACUUAACAACAACAAGAUCACAUACAGAGUAUCAAAAUCCAUUCUUUUCCACGCAAAGUUGAAUCAGAGGAACUUAUUGAGUUAUAUGCUCGUUGUUUCGAGGAACUUAUUGACUUGGCCAAUUCUGAUUCAAUUUCCACAUCUCAGUUUAGUUCAGUUUCUACCUGAACCUCUUCUUUGGAGAUGAAUUGACUACAUUCUUUAGGAGUUAUGAUAGUUAGAGCUGUUCUUGCAGUUGAAUGUGGAUGGGAGAGAUUAGGUAAUAUAUGAGAAGAGAUUAUAGCUAUUUGCCAAGUUGUAAGGGUUUAUAACUUAUUUUAUAAAGAGUUAUAAAUUAGCUAUAAAAAUUUAUAAAGGCAUAUAAAUAUUUAUACAUCAUUUUGUAAUGAUUCCCGUGGCCUUCACAUGGUUCCCGUAUCAAUAUAUCUGGAGGAGCUGGGUGCUUAAACGACUCUUCUUCUAAGCUCACUACUUUUUGUUCCGAGUCUGGUUCUUUUCUACUGAUUCAUUACUUCGACCAAGCUGUUGCUGGAGUGAGCUCGUAAUGAAGAAAGGAGGUGAUAUUGCGAGGUGGCUGAAGAAAGAAGGUGAUUAAGUGGCUGAAGAAAGAACGUGAUUAAGUGGCUCCUGGUGAAGUGCUUUGUGAAGUUGAAACUGUAAUGCUAAUUUUAGAUUGAAUUUCUUAAUGUACUUACAACGCUUUGUCGUACACUCUGUAACUGAUGAUACGUGGCAGAUUCUGAGGCACAUGUAGACAUCAAACAAGGUUCCACUGCUUAAGAAAUUUUACAUAUUCUUAUAAAUUGUUUUAUAAUCAUUUAUAACGGUGCAUAAACUUUAUAAAUUAUUUUUACAAAUCCUUAUAAAUUACUUUACAUACUUUUAUAAACCCUUAUAAAUUAUUAUAGAGUUAUGAGUUACAGGGGAAGCUCGCGGAGAGAAGCUAUGUUGUGGCUUCUAAGCUCACCGAUAACACAGUCUUUACCAUCUCUGGACACAACGACGAUGGACGCACACUGAUCAAGUUGAGAAACCCCAAGUUCUAUUAGACUUCUGGUUUGUGUUUUCUAAAAUCAAUUACAGUGGAUUUGGUAAUAAGGUGACUGAGAUUUGGCGUGAAGAGAAGGGUUUCUGGGAUUACUACAAAGAGAGAUUGAGAUACAAUCAGUUUAGCAUUACAAUUUGGCUUUUCUAUUCAUCAAAGCAUAACAAAGGUAAUCAUCGGAGAUGGCAUCGAAACGGAUUUUGAAGGAACUGAAAGAUCUGCAGAAGGAUCCUCCUACUUCAUGCAGCGCAGGACCGGUCGCGGAAGACAUGUUCCAUUGGCAAGCCACGAUAAUGGGUCCAUCCGACAGCCCUUACUCUGGCGGUGUUUUUCUUGUUACCAUUCAUUUCCUUCCUGAUUAUCCUUUUAAACCUCCCAAGGUGGCUUUUAGGACUAAGGUGUUCCAUCCAAACAUCAACAGCAAUGGGAGCAGCUGCCUCGGAGAAAUCUUCGACGGCGACGGCACUGAAGUGAGAUCGACGACGGCGACGAGAUCGAUCGAUGACGGCGAUGAUGGCGACAAGAUCGAGCGAGUGGAACUAGAUCGAGUGUAUCCUAUCUCAGAAGCAAACGAGAUCGAGCGACUACCGCGACGAGCGGUGAUGGUGACGAGAUCGAACGACAGACACGAGAUUGAGUGUAUCCUCUUUCAUGAAGCAGACGAGAUCGAAACUCAAAACCUCAAAAUAUUGAAUCCUCAGCAAGAAUCACAACUUUUCCCGACACUCAUGGAAGAAGUGUGUGUUCAAGCUUAAAUAAGAGCCACAACCCUGCCAACACACAUUUUCUUCGAUCUACAAUGAGUUUCUUCCCUUUAGCAGUGUCAAAAGGUAUGCUACGACGAAAGUGAAGGUUCCACCUCAGCUGCAGAAAACAGUGCUUGUAUGUGUCAUUUGAGUCUUUGAGAAGUCUCUAUUCCACACAGGAGCUUGAUGGCGUCUCUGUGGCUGAAAUAAAUCUCCUUCAAAGGAUAUAAUCCAACAUGUCCUCUGAUUUUUGCUUAUUUUGCUGAGUCAGUAUCUCUGUAUAAUUUGUAUCUUCUAGUUUAUGUUGCAGCUAAAGGGUGAAUAUUGUCUGAUUAGGUUCUAGAUAAUUUUGUAAACAAUUUAUAAAGACUUAUAAAAAUUGUAAAGUCU